AAAAAAAAAAAAAAACACACACACACACACAUUCACACAGUAAUUUUUUAAUAAUACUGUUUUUAAUAGUAAUAUCUAGCUGGUGUAUAUAUAUAAUUGACAGGUAUCAUUAAAAGGAGAAUUGUGGGCUGAGAUUUGGUUUGGCUGGCAAUUUAGCUAAUGGCCACCCUCAGGUCCCCUGCUUUCUUCUUCAGGCCUCUUCUUCUGCUCCUCUACUUCUCAGGUUUUUUUUCCCUUCCUUCCUUUUUCGCCUUCAUUUUAUCUUGUUCAUGGAGUUUCUUUAAAUGGGUUAUUUUUGUUUUAACUUGUUUCUUACAUCAGAAGUUGGUUAGGAAGAUAGAAGGAACAAAGAAUUUCAAGAAUGUUUUUUUUUUUUUAUUGGUUUCUGGGAUUAGAAAUUCAGCAAUUUUUCUUGCUAGUUUGCGAAUAAUGAAGAUGAUUUCAGUUUUUGGGUAGUGGGAUCUUAUUGUUUUCCUCUGUUUCUUUCGGUAGUUUUUGGGUUGGUGGAGUAGUUAGCAGUUCAUAGAUUCAAGAUUUAAUUUCCUCUUUGAGCAACUAAGCAUGAAGUCUGAGUUUUCAUCGGUUUCCAGGAAUUCUAGGCUAUGAGAUAUGUCAUUCUUGUUCUAAAGUUGAGUUCUUUAACCCAGAAGAUUGCAUGAAUGUUCUGAAAGUUUUAUUCUUUUAUUUGAAAGGUCUACAAUCUUUAUCUUUAUGCGGUUCCAUUAUAGAAAUUGUAAGUGUAGUACUUUUAGCCUCUUCUACAAAAUCAAGGUUAAUUUUUUUGUUUUUAAUUUGUAUCGAAGUUAUUGGGAAUGAUUAUUAUAUUCCAGUAAUUCAGUCGUGUCAACAACAAGUUCACCAUCUUGAUUUCUUUUAUUUAGGUUUAUUUGUUCGCAGCCAAAGCAUAGGAGUUGGUAUCAAUUAUGGCCAAAUUGCUAACAAUCUUCCCACACCAUCCCGGGUGGCUGUUCUCCUUCAAUCUCUUAAUGUUAGCAGAGUGAAAUUAUAUGAUGCUGAUCCAAAUGUAUUGAGGGCUUUCGCGAAUUCUAAUGUCGAAUUCGUCAUUGAGUUGGGGAAUGAGUAUCUUCAGACCAUGACUGAUCCUGUUCAAGCUCAAAUUUGGAUCCAGCAGCAUGUUCAACCAUACAUAUCUCAGACCAAGAUCACCUGUAUCACUGUUGGAAAUGAGGUCCUAACUGGGAAUGAUACCCAAUUGAAAUCUUACCUCCUUCCUGCAAUGCAAUCGGUCAAUAAUGCUCUCAACAGUCUUGGUAUGAAUAAAGCUGUUUAUGUUUCUACAGCUCAUUCAACUGGUAUAUUAGGCAAUUCCUUCCCGCCUUCUUCAGGGCAGUUCAGACCAGAUCUUGCUGAGUACAUCCAGUCCAUACUGAAUUUCCACUCCCAGACAAAUUCGCCGUUCCUCAUCAAUGCAUAUCCCUUCUUUGCUUACAAGGACAACCCUGACGAGAUAUCAUUGGAAUAUGUACUCUUUCAACCGAAUGCUGGUGUUCCUGAUCCAGUUACAAAGUUGAACUAUGAUAACAUGCUUUAUGCACAAAUUGAUGCUGUGUAUUCUGCUAUCAAAGCAAUGGGACACACAAAUAUUCAAGUUAAGAUAUCUGAGACCGGUUGGCCGUCAAAAGGAGACCCCAAUGAGGUAGGAGCUACACCACAGAAUGCUGCAUUGUAUAAUGGCAAUUUACUGCGUCGGAUUUCUGAGAACCAAGGCACCCCGGCGAAUCCAUCAAUACCAAUUGAUGUGUAUGUUUUUGCACUUUUCAAUGAGGAUAUGAAACCUGGUCCGGCAUCAGAGAGGAACUAUGGAUUGUUUUAUCCUGAUGGCUCUCCAGUUUAUGACAUUGGGAUGCAGAGUUAUCUGCCACGCAUCAAUUAUUCGUCGUCUGGGAUAAAGAAUACUGUCUGCUCUAUUAUUUCUCUUCUGCUCAUGUCAGCGGCAUUUUUAUUCUGCACUUAGAUACUGGAAACUGGGAAUUGUCCCAUUUAGAGGCCCUGAAUUUUGUCCCAGUUAAAAAUAGGGUAAACUUAGAUCAAUUCUUUCACUUGCACCUGAAAUUUUUUGGGUCAUCCGGCAGAGUUUAGAAGUAUAGUUUAUUCAUAACACUUAAAUUUAGGUCUCCACUUUUCCACCAUCUAUACUUGUACAUACAAUGCCAAUCCCAAAAUUUUGAGUUUCUGAUGAGUGGAAAUAUACUGAUUCCUUAAUUACAUUCUUGUAUUGUUAAUUUCGCUUUGUUGUUGCACAUUUUAGUUUUGUCAUGUGCUACAAGCUUUUCCCGGCUUUGUAGUUUCCGGUCCUAGAACAGAGUUCUCUGUUUAAACUUUAAAGCCUCAAUAAGGAUGAUAAUUGCGUGAAAUCGACUGUCAGUGUAAAACUUACUCCCUUCGUCCCAAAAUUGUUGUCUCAAACUGGACAAUAAUUUUGGGACCGAGGAAGUAUUACACAAGUGGAUCACAUAAGGAAUGGCGUGUAUAAUAGUCGUAAAUUUUGAUUUUGAGAAUGUGUUCACAAUGAAACUUGUUCUGAACCUGUGAUCUAGGUCUGCUAAAGCCAUCAUUGUUUAACUGAAGAUUAUGGUAAUGUGUCUCCAUCCUCCAUUUUCACGUCCCAUGAUGCAUAGUUUGAAAGGUUUAGAAUUCUUAUCAUUUCGUUUCAACUCCACGUUUUUUCAAUCUUUAAACCGCCAAAGCUGAAAGUUUCAUCAGUUUUGUCUGAAUUUGGCCAAGCCUCCAUCCUGAAAAUGACAUUUUUUCUGCCUUUUGUUUUCUGUCUGCAGUCCUUCUCAGCAGUAAUCAAUCUUUCAUGUCAGCUUCAUCCUUUGCAUCCACAGAAUACUUUGUUUUUUUUUUUUCUUCCUUUUGAAAUUCUUUUAAACACGAUUGGUCUUUCACGAAGAAAAUCCUUCUCUGCUGAGUAAUCAGUUUCUGUCUUUCUGAUUCAUUCCACACAAUUCUCCAGCGUUUUUAGCUGUUGAAUUUGAAUGGCCAAGCAAGAAAUCACAAGAUAUGAUAACCCUUUUGGAUAUUUGUUUCUUUUUGUGGUGGGCUCUCGUUGAUAAUUAAGUAGGAAAAGGUUUAGACUAAACCUACUACAACAAUUAUUACUGGAUCUGUAUUUAAAAAAUUCUAUCGUAACGUUUUAUUUAGUUCAACAAGAACGAUUAUUUUUUGAGUAAGGAACUAAUAUUGAUGAAUUAGAAGUGAUAGGUAAAGUGAAAAUGUAUAGUAAAAU